UUGAUUGAGAUAAUAUGUAUACUAAUUGUUGUGUGUAAAUUGAAUUGUGAAUUUUUUAUUUAAUUGUUAAUUAUGGUGGAUACUAAUUCAAUUAUUGAAGGGACUGUGAAGUUUCGUGAUGGGAAAAAGUGGAAAUCCCGAUGGUGUGUUAUGCGAAAAUUAUCUCCAGUUGCAGAUUGCCUUCAUUUACAAUUGUAUCGUGACUCAAAAGAUCGUUACAAACAAGGACAAACAAAAGCAUCACUGUCCCUUCAACAUUUUUUGGGAAUUGAAUCUGGUUUCACAUUAGAUAAAGAAAGUAAUACAAUAGCAAUUAUUUGCCAAGAUGUGAUUGUUGUAUUAGCAUUUGAUACCAGAGAACGACUGAUACAAUGGCAGGUGAAAAUAUCAACGAAUUUGGGUGAAGAUUUGCAGUAUUUAAUAUUAAUUUCAACUGCUCCGUCAAAGGCGAAAUUACCAAGUGGACCAGCCAGAAUGCAUGUGCAAGAUUAUAAAUUUUGUUUAACUACUGGUGUUCCACCACGGUUAGCUGGUGUUUGGGAAAUUGGCCAUUUAAGGCGUUAUGGUGUUGUGGAAGGUAGAUUUUGUUUUGAAGGAGGUUCUAGAUGUGGUAAAGGUGAAGGUUUAUAUGUUUUGGUCACAGAUCUAGGAGGUGAAAUUACACAAACAUUACAAUUAGCCGUUCAAGGAAAAUUAUCUACUAAGAGGCGUCCAGUUUCCCGAAAAAUGUCAGCUAUGGAUAGUCCUCGAAAACAGUUGCAUCCACGUUCAGAAACAAGAAAUAGUGAUAUUAGUUGCUUGGACGCGUUCAAUACUAAUCAACAGCUUUCAAAUGUUAUAAAUAAUCCAAAUGCGGAUAUGUCCAGAAGCUUGUACUCACAUGAUGAUUCAUGCCAGUGUCACACUUCGUUACAUGCUUGCAUGCAACACAAUGAUGACUUAAUCUGCGCGUGUCAUCGAACUAGUUCACCAUUCAAUUGGUCCACUGAAUCUCACAGUGGAGUCCAUCAACAUUCAAAUGCCGAUUUAGAUUCCAAUUAUGGCUGUGGUGAUACUGUAUCUGUGAGUGAAAUGCAUGAUAUUGUUCACAGUGAAACUUGGAUAGCAUCAGACAAUCAUGGUCGUAAUGAGUUAGGCCAGCCUUCGUUAGAAAGAUGUAUGAGUUGUAUUUCAAAAUUAGGUGCACCAUCAAUGUCUCGUUCAUCAACAGCCACAGUUAGUGGUACACCUUGUACCAACGGUCCACUUUUUAAUCCAGCUUGGACAAUGGAAAAUUCACAGGUACCAACUUGUACUCAUCGUGCGCCCCCAAUAGGGAAUACGAGUGAUAGAAUGUCUGUAUGUUCAUCACAUGGAAGCAGCAGUGGAAAUUCAGAAUAUUCUGUCCCAAGGCAAUGUUUACAUGGAAAUGAUACAACUAGGAAUAUUUCUUCACCAACACCACCUAGUGUUCCACCUAAAAGUCCGAAAAAUAUUCAACACCCACUGACACUAGCAACAACUGUACAGCCAUGCCAAUGUCCACCUUCACGUCCGCCGAAACCACCACAGUUAUCGAAUUCAGCAAAUAAUUCUCCAAUUAAAAAGAAAAUUCGGAAAUUACCAAUGCCACUGCCUAUUACUACACCUUUAAAGCCUGCUAAUCCAACCUGUUCAUGUCAAUUUGGAAAUAUUCAAGAAAGUAUUAAUCAACAUGUAGGACCUUAUGAAAAUUACGAUAUACCAAAAACACCUUUAUUAGUUGAACCAAAAAAUAAUGAAUCUGUAGUAGUUCACCAACCGUCGUCUAGCAUUAACCCGGAAGAAAAUUAUGAUACACCAAAGAAAAUAAUGGAAUGCUUAGCUUCUGAUCAACAGGGUAUGAAUAACACUUUGCCAUCCGUUCAAACGAUGAGUAUUCGAAAACCAUGUGGAUGUAUUUUGAAAUUUAACAAAAAGACAAUGCCAUUAACUGAAUCAAAAUUACUUGAACAUCCUGACGAAGCACGCAGUGAUUGUCCAUGUCGGCGUGUUACACCAAUGUGUUGGCCAGGAAAUUGGAUGACAAUACCAUAUUGUCGUCGUGGAAAUGGAAUGGAGAAUACCAGUUUGCCAAUCACAAAUCAAAUAGUGCCUGAGAAUAAAUCGGAAACAAUGGCAAUUUAUGCCACAGUAGAUAAAUCAAAGAAAACAAAUCGUAAACCUCAAGAAUUAUGUAUGUGUCCUGAAAAUGGUGGAAACUAUGCUAACAUAGAACCACUACUUCCACCUAAAGAAAAUAAAGAAAAUAUAUCCAAUACUACACCAACAACACCAGCAGCUUCUUUUGAAAAUUACGAAAAUAUAGAUUUUGCUCAAUCUUUAGAACAUUAUGAAAAUGCAAAACAGUUACUUCAAAAAGCUGGUAUCACACAGGAAGAGUUAGACCGUUUAGAAAUAGAAAUGAAACCAGAUAAUCAGCAACAUGCCACAAAUAUUUCUGGUCCUAAAUUAUGUCAUAAAUGUGGCCAUGCUAGCACGAAAGUUUUAGAAAACGAAUCUUUACAGUCCGAAUUAGAAAUAUCUCAAGGUGCAAGCAUGGAUAAACUAGACGAUUACUUAAUGAUGGAGCCUGGUAAAAGCAAUCAACCACCACCCGAAAGUGUACAAAAACCUCAACCAGAACAACACCCGUUCCCUGGAUAUAUACCAAUGUCUCCAAUUACUAAUACGAAUAAUGACAAAGUUGAAAAUAGUGAUUUGCUGAAACAUUGCGUCAAUCGGUUGUUAGGAGAAAAAUCAUCCAGUAAUCCCAGUUUAGUGGGCCCUCCUGUGGAUCGAAGUAGAAAAAGGUCGGAAUCUGAUAUGCGAAUAUCAGGUGCCGCUAUGUUAAUGCAUCACCAUGUUGGAAAUAGUCCGUAUAAUAGAAAACAAAUUAUGGAUUCAAGUGAUUGUAUAGAAAGUUGUCGAAAAUCUUCUCUUAUUGCUCGUAAACGUUCAAGUUCGGCGGAUUCUAGUCGAUAUGUAGAGGAAGAUCCAGACGAUUUAGAUAAUAGCUUAACUACUAGUCGUACAACUUCCCCUUCCACUGAGACGUUGCGGAAAUCAUCGUUGUCCUCAUUAACGAAUAACGAUUCUACUCAAAUAGAGCAUAGACUUUCGUCCCCUUGUUUACAUCAAGAAACCGAGCCUUGUUAUAGUGAAGAAUACUGUCGAAAACUUAGUAUAGACGUUAAUUCAAAUGAGACUGAAGGUGAAGAUAAUAGUAGUUUAACCAGUGAUUCUUUGCGAACACAAGUUACAUCUCACCCACAAACAGUUAAUAUAAGAAGAUCGUCUAGUGUUCCAUGUAAAUCAGGACAAAAUAGAGAUUCAAGCAGCUCCAAUGAUUCAGGUGUAUCGACCGGUUCAUUAAAACAUCGAGGGGCUGAUUUUGCAGAGUUUGAAUUGCCGUUAACUACAUCGAUGUCAAGUCGACGACAUCAUCAUUAUGCACAACGACUUAUGAUUGCUCCAACAAACUGCCUACACUCAUCAUUGCCAAGAAGAUCGAAAUCUUCAGACCCUCUCAGGGAAUUAACGUUCCAAUUCCAAAAAAUUAAAAUUCCGGCCAAAUCUUCUUCAGCCGAGGCAGAAGUUCCAAUUUUCUCAACCAAAGGCUUAAAAGGUUUCAGUAGUCCUGCUGAUAGUAGUUCGAUGGGACCACCAUAUAUCGAUUCUCGCAGCACCAGUAGUGGUACUUCAGAUAUGUCAGAUUAUAUAGAAACUUUAUCCCUGUCUUCCCACAGCUCGUCUGAUGCAGCAGAUCUCAGACUAAUUAGACAGCCAACAACAACAUUAAGACCACGAUCCGGAAAAGAAUAUCAUAGUUUAGAUCGUUCAAUAUUAGUAGGGCAACAUGGACUUAUAUUAGAUGGAACAAUGAAACUGCAAGCUUGCGGUACAACCCGCGGCCAUGGAAUUUCAAGAGAUCCAAAUGCUUCGUACGCCAAUAUAACUCCAGUUCCUGAAAAAUCGGAGUCACCGAGUCCUGGUUAUAUGAGUGGUUCAUCCCCGGGACAAGAAACUGCAACUACAGUCCCGCAAACACUCCUACCAGGUGCAUCUCACUUCAGUUUUCAGAAAACCCAAUAAAUUCGGUUCUUACAAAUCAGAAGAAAAUUACAACGAAUCAAUAAAAAUUUUUUUAUUAAUAUUACCACAAUUUUGAAAAAUUCUAGUCAAAGCUAAAAAGAAAAACAUUUAAAAUCGUAGAUAAUUUUAAUAAAAUAGCUUUUAAUUUAAAUUUUAUUUAACAUAAACCAGCGGCCUACUUUUAAAACAAUGAGCUCGUCGUUCUUACGACAAAUUGAAGCACCCCGAGAUUUAAAUAAAAACACGCCAUAUAAUU